AUGAGAGAUAGGAGAUGGAGGAUUAUAUCACUCAUCAUUAGCUUCUCCAAAGUUCCAGUCCUCUUUCUGCUGCUCUACAUGUUUGUCUGUUCCCUCGACGUCCUCAGCUCUGCAUUCCAGUUGGCUGGGGGUAAAGUUGCAGGAGACAUUUUCAAGGACAAUGCCGUCUUGUCCAAUCCAGUGGCAGGGCUGGUGGUCGGUAUCCUAGUGACUGUCCUGGUCCAAAGCUCCAGCACCUCAACAUCAAUCGUUGUCAGUCUGGUGUCCUCUGGAUUGCUGGAUGUGAACUCUGCGAUCCCCAUCAUUAUGGGCUCCAACAUUGGGACGUCUGUCACCAACACCAUCGUGGCUCUGAUGCAAGCAGGGGAGCGAGACGAGUUCAGACGGGCCUUUGCUGGGGCAACGGUCCACGACUGCUUCAACUGGCUUUCGGUUCUGGUGCUGCUGCCUCUGGAGGCCGCCACGGGCCUGCUGGGUCGGCUGGCUCGGGCUGUGGUCACCAGCUUCCACAUCCAGGGAGGAGAAGACGCCCCUGAGCUGCUGAAGGUCAUCACCGAGCCCUUCACCAGACUCAUCAUCCAGCUGGACAAAUCAGUAAUCACAGCCAUUGCGACUGGAGACGAAAGCAUGAGAAACCAAAGUCUGAUAAAAGUGUGGUGCAAGAGCAGUCUGAUCACGUCCUCAGUGAACAUUUCUGUCGACGGUCCUCAAAACUGCACCAGUCUGCACCCCUGCUGGCAGGAGGGCAACACCGUUUGGACCACACAGAACCUGACUCUGCAAGCCAACAUCCAAAAAUGCAGCCACCUGUUUGUGGACUCCCCAAUGUCGAACCUGGCGGUCGGGCUCCUCUUGCUGGCCGCCUCCCUGCUGAUGCUCUGCUCCUGCCUGGUGCUGCUCGUUAAGCUGCUCAACUCCCUCCUCCAAGGCCAGGUGGCCAUGGUCAUCCAGAAGGUCGUCAACACAGACUUCUCCUACCCCUUUGGCUGGCUGGCGGGGUACCUGGCCAUCUUGGUGGGGGCAGGGAUGACCUUUUUGGUCCAGAGCAGCUCAGUCUUCACCUCCGCCAUCACGCCUUUGAUUGGCAUCGGGGUAAUCAGCAUCGAGAGGGCUUACCCACUCACCCUGGGGUCCAACAUCGGCACAACCACCACCGCCACUCUCGCUGCCCUGGCCAGCCCCAGGGAACAACUGGCCCCCGCCUUCCAGGUGGCGCUGUGCCACUUCUUCUUCAACAUCCUGGGGAUCCUGCUGUGGUACCCGGUGCCGGCGACACGGCUGCCCAUCCGAAUGGCAAAGGCGCUGGGGGAGAAGACGGCCCGAUACCGUUGGUUCGCUGUCUUCUACCUGCUGGCCUGCUUCCUGCUUCUCCCCUCCCUGGUUUUCGGGCUCUCUGUGCUGGGCUGGAGGGCCUUGCUGGGCGUGGGGGUCCCUGCCGGCGCCGCCCUGCUGAUCGUCCUGGCCGUGAACUGCCUCCAGUCCCGCCGUCCCGACCUCCUCCCGAAACGCCUGCACUCCUGGGAUUUCCUGCCCCUCUGGGCCCGCUCCCUCCAGCCUCUAGAUGGCCUCAUCGCUGCGGCAACGCUGAAAUGCCACGCCUGUGUCAACCACGCCUGUGAUGACGACCCCUGCCCUUCCCCCAGCCCAGCUCGCUGCACCCCUGAAUCGACAGCAGCACAAAUCAAGCCCCACCCAGGUUAUGAUAACGCCACUCUCUCUUACCUGGAUGAGAGCCCUGCUGUCUGCUCCCAAGACAAGUGUGUUCGCCUUUAA